GGCGUUACACACUACACAGAUAACCCACCUGUUGCUGCCCAAGUAAAAGUUAAAGUGUAGAACCAGUUGUAUACUUUCAUCAAACAAAACAGGUGUUGUGAACAAUCUUAAGAUGGCGUUGGUGGAGCUUCUAGGAGAAAAACUGCAGAAGAAGGCGGGAGAGGAGGAGACGGUUGAGACGAGUUCCCUGGUGGGAGAAGGGCGGUACGUGGGCCUGUACUUCUCCGCGCUGUGGUGUCCGCCAUGCCACGGCUUCACCCCGAACCUCGCCCGCUUCUACCACAACCUGAGGCAGCAGGCGGGGAAGGAAACGGCGUUCGAGGUGGUGCUGGUGUCGGACGACACGGACGAAGACACGUUCGCGGAACACUUCGGCAGGAUGCCGUGGUUGGCGCUGCCGUACUCAGAGCGGCAGAAGAAGAAGGACCUGUGUACAAAGUACCAGGUUUUCGGCUACCCGAUGUUGGUUCUACUGGACGCCUCCACUGGUGAGAUGAUCACGUGGAAAGCCCGAGACCGCAUCAGGGAGGACCCGGAGGGAAACGACUUUCCCUGGAAGAAAUAGAAGACUGCACAAAUAUAAACCUCUUUACCGUGGCCUACACGUACAACGUAUGAUAACGCUGGGGAUUCUGACAC